AUGACCAAUGCUUUAAUAGACAACAUUAAGGGUAUCCCCCCAGUCACGAGGUUUUUCACGAUUUCCUCAGUAUUGGCGUGUUUGGGAGUAACAUCCUUCUCCGCCUUUCCAAAUUUGUACAUCAAUUUCAGUGACUUGGUAGAGCAAUACUGGAUUUUGAGAUUGGUAAUUAAAAAGGGCCAAACGAUUGAGAUUAUCAAGACUGUUUCACUCGCGGUUCUUGGGUGGUAUAGAUUUGUUACGUCAUUUUUAAUUCCCUCAGGGAUCAUGUCUACCAAUAGGAUCAAUGCUUUGUUUGAUAUUUAUUUUUUUUACACCUUUUCAAACCAUUUGGAAGCUUAUGAGGGUAAGUUCAAGGGGAAUUUUCCCGAUUACCUUUGGUUCAUCAUUAUAUGUGGAACGUUUAUUCAAUUCAUUAAUUUCACCUUGGACGCGAUUGCAGGAGAUGCAGCUGCGAUUUCUUAUUUCCCCCACGAGAACCUAUUGGCGUGCUUGACAUACGUUUGGUCUAGAAGUAUGAAAAACGCCCUUAUCAAUUUAUUGGGCCUUGUCCCAAUAAAGGCAUACUACUUACCCUUGGGCAAUCUAAUUAUCAAAUUGAUCCUUGGUGGGCCCGUAGCGUUGAUAGAUACUUUAGUUGGCAUAUUAAGCGGGUAUCUUUACCUUUGCAUCCAGUCCAACACAAUACCUUUCCACAACUUGUUACCGGGAGCAUAUGGUAGAACAAAGAAACGUAGUGACGAGGGAAGAAGAGUUGGAAUGACAUAUGUGAACCAGCAGCCUACCAGUAAUCGCUUUGACUACAUUGAUGAUAGCAUAUACGACAAGGGCUACUUAAAAGCACCAAAAUGGCUAUACAAAAUAUUAUCUUACCCCAUGGGCACUUCAGUAAGGAGUACUGCAUUCACAGUCCCGUCUUUAAACAAUCCUUCAAAUAUUAAAAAAGGCCCAUCAGCGCAGGUGGAACCAACAACAGCCAACGCAAGCGGCUAUUCAUGGUUCGGAGGCAAUGGCGCAUUCAAGGGAAAGGGCCAUAGACUAGGCGAGUAA